AUGGAGCAUGCUGGGUACGACGACUUGCUCCUCGUUCGUGCGAGUCUUUUGGAGAAUGAGUUUCGAUGGAACGGUACAUCCUCUGAAAUAGCCGCAUGGUCUGCCCAACUUGAAGCGUACGAGCAGGGCGCUGUACCGUCGCCAGAGCCACACCGAGUCCACUUCUCGCUACGGAUCCACGAAGCGCUAGGCGUAUGGAUGAAUGUGUCGCUCACGCUUGGAGGGAAGCAUGAAGGGUCAACUUCCAUUACUCUGACUGGGAUAAGCCCCAAUGUGCCGAUCACAGCUUGGAAUGCCAUGAUUGACAAGCGCCUCGCAGAAGUCGUGCCGAACCCUGUAUUUGACACCUUUACGGAACUUCAGCAGCUCGCUGCCAGUCUGGAUGAGGUGCAAACGGUACAGUCGCCGGUACAGUCGCCAGUACCCCCAUUGCCAUCCGACCCGCAGAUUGUUUUAAUGAAGCGCGUCAUUUUUUGGUCGCACCACCUUGUCGCGCCGUCCAAACGCAAACAAUUUGCGGCAUGGUGCCCCGAACUUCAUGUGUGGGGCCUUGUGAAGCUUGGAUACCCUGGCUUUUUAUGCUUCGAAGGCGAGCAUGGCGACGUGGAAAACAUGAUCCAGCGCGUGAAACGGAUGCAAUGGCACGCGCUUUCCAUGCGCGUAGAAGUGGAUUGGUCCUAUGCACAUAUUGACACGGAUUCGCACAAUAUAUGCACCCAAGCACUUCAACACUGUCUUUUGAAACAGGACGGAAAAGCGCGCACGGCAUGCGAGGAGAUAAACGACAUGGGCGCAUUUAUCGCACGGUGCGUCUGA